AUGGAGAAAAGCGUUGAGGAUUGGGAAAUCUGGAAAGGGGAUAUUUCUUUUUGGAAGCAUUCCUUGGCGGGUAGUAUUGCUGGAGUUAUGGAGCAUUCUUGCUUCUUUCCCUUAGAUACUAUUAAAACAUGUCUACAAUCUGGAAGAGUUGAUGGUCUAACAGGGAGUCGAGGAAUGAUUGCAUUUGUGAGGAGUAGUGGAAUAAAAUCUCUUUUUAGAGGUUUUCCUGCGGUAGUAUUUGGUAAUGUUCCAGCCCACGCGUCCAUGUUCACUACUUAUGAAUUUUCAAAGAGGAUGAUGUCAAAAAUUAUUAAUAAGUUUGAGCAUAAUGAAGAUAAAUCUCGUGUAUUAUAUAACCCCAACAUGAGUAUACUUAAUUCAGUAGUUUCUCCCGCCGUUUGUGGUGGACUAUCAACUAUUUCCCAUGAUGUAAUUGCCACUCCUUUGGAUGUUAUAAAGCAAAGGUUGCAAGUGGGUUCUUACAAAGGAAUGAGUGAUUGUAUUUUAACAAUACUCAAAAAAGAGGGGAUUCGGUCAUUUUAUAGGUCUUUACCUAUAACUUUGUUUAUGAAUAUCCCACAAACUGGGUUGUUUGUGCUACUGAAUGAGAAUCUUAAAGUACUUAUUGGUCGAGUUAAAAAAAAUUCACUUAAGCAAAAUACGUACAAUUUUGUUAUAGCCGGAAUUAGUGGAGGAAUUGCAGGGUUCAUCACAAAUCCUCUUGAUGUUAUUAAAACCAAGCUCCAAACCCAAGCAUGCCAUAUUUCUCAAAAAGAAUCAUUUAAAGUCGUCUAUCCUAACGUCAAAAAAGCCUUUAUUGAUACUUUUAGAAAGCAGGGUCUUAGAGGAAUGUAUUCUGGAGCUUUGGCCAGAGCGUUCUUAAUUGCACCAUCAUAUGCCUUAUGUUGGGGUACCUACGAAACUGUCAAAAACUUUCUUUAA